GUCAGCUGUCAUCGCGGGAAUUGAUUGAAUCGUUGAAUUAUUUACAGACAGGCUACUCAUAUUUUAUUGAAACACGCUAAUUUUGUUAAAGGAAAUGUGUAAAAAAAAUUGAACAUUGUAUUUGUUAAUUUUUAUUUAAAAACAGUAUUAAUAAGUUGUAAUAUUUAACGAUGUUUGAGUGGGCCUAUAGUGGUGCUAACAGAGCCGUUCCCCGAAAUGUGGGGCCCGAGUGCGCAUAUUUUUUAUCGUAUAAUAGGCAAAUAAUUGAAACAAUUAUAGUUACUGCAUUGUGCUCAUACAUUUUAGUAAAAACUUAUCCAAAACUGGUAUUACCACAUGAUGAAAUUUAUAUUAAAAGUGACCGGGGAGGCAAGAGAUUGCUCGUCAUACUUUUGGCCUUACUAUGGGGAAUGGAGAUUGGAUUUAAAUUUGCAUCUCGCACUGUAAUAUAUUUGUUGAAUCCAUGUCAUGUUACAACAUUAAUGCAAAUAUACUUGUUGGCUGCACCACCCAGUAGGACAGUGACUGCAGUCUUUCGCAUACACUUAUACUUGUUAAAUGGGCCUCUGUUAGCUUUUUUAUUUCCUGAAACAGCAUCACGACAGAUCCCCGCUGAGGCUGCCCUGUACUGGAUACAACAUGGCAUGAUGUGUGUGAUACCAUACUAUCUAUUAAGAAUUGGUGGUGUGUACAAUGUAGAGCCACUUGGUGAUUUCAAUUGGGCAAUUGUUAGUUACUGCCUUAAUCUGUUGUAUCACUUCAUAAUUCUACAAGCUAUAGCAAUACCGGCUCAAGUUAACCUGAACCACAUCAUAUGCCCGGCGCUCUUGGACCCGUUCGAGGGGCCGUGGUACCGCGUGGCCGCCGUGCUCCACCAGGCCGCGCUCUGCCCCCUCCUCUGCAAGGGCUACUGCCUCGUCGCUGACUUCUGUCUCACCAAGUUCCCGCCCACAAAGGUCAAACAACAACUCAAAGAAUUACUCCAGGACAAAAAGGCAGACGUCAAAAAAGACUUGUAGGUGCGUGUCAAAUUCUUUUUGUGGCGUUCUUAAGGUAAAGGUACCACGUUGUCGGAUUUCGGUAAAGACGAUUUCUAACCACUGCGAUCAUGUCAUAAUUCUUUAGUAACAAUGCGUGGAACAAUUUACAAUUGUAAUUUAUAAGUGAAAAUUCACAUUAUGACAGCAUGACUGUUAGAAGCGAAUCGUCUUAUUUGCACGUUUUAUUAGUCUUGCAACGCUUUAAUAACAUCCGUCCGUGGUACCUCUUUGCCUAAAACGACACUUUAAUGGCUGUAACCCCUUUCAGGGUAGCUAGAAUCUCUGUGAAGUUGCCUAAUGUAGUACCUAAAGAACAAUAUUUCAUCGCGUCCAUUUCGUUUGGGUGAUUAUUGUUGAUAAUAAACUAAAUAAUUAAUAAAUCAUGAUCUCUUAUAAUAUAUAGGGAGGCCAAAGGGUGGGACUGAAUGCAAACGACAAGCUAUAUCGUUGUUCUUGGUGUGGUAUAAUUCGUCAUCAUCAAAAUAGACGUCAUCAUUUUACAAAGCAAUCUUUUCCUCAUCAAGACCUAUAUUGUGCGAUAAAGGCGACAUGAACACGACUGUUAAUUAAACGAGGGAGGCAGGUAGGUAGAAAUCUAAUGCCUUAAAGAGCAAAAGUUUUUAUGACUCUGGUUUAGGAUGCAGUCCUAAGAUGUUUUAACUUGGAAACAAUUGAAUGCUUGUCGUUGUAGCUCCGAUUCAGACUGUAAAAACCGAGAUUGUGCUGGUUUCUUCAACUUGGCCUCUAGUUUUUUAAUGAAGACAAUUCACGGACUAUAAAUCUAGCUUGUUUAGGUAGGUAUUAUUUUGUUACGUGUUAAAGUUUGAACUAUCAGGUAAUGUAAGUCAAAUUAUACUUAGGAAUGUUUUGAGCUUAUGAGCUCGGACGAAACUAAUUGAGUGAAUAGUUAUAUUUUAUCUGAUUGAGUGAUUGCAUUAAUGUACACUUAUACAGCCAUCUUCAAUAAUAUCUGACUCUGUCGGUGUAAAUCCAUAAACAUAUAGGUCAUAGGUAUUAUAUUUUUAUCUUAAAACAGUCACUCCAUCGGAUGCAGAUGAAAAACAGACAACAGAGUUGCUUAGUACCUAAAUCGUGUAACAGUAUUAAAUUAGGUAAGUACCUAAAAUGAGUCUCAUUAGGAAGGUACCUUGACGUUGUUCUAAUAGCUUCCAGUCAAUCCAUACAAAAUUGUGUCAAACGGGCGCAAUGAAGAACACUAUUUAAAUGUAUAGUCUAUACUCUACCUAUUUACCUAGGUACUAUAUUAUUUAUGUCACAAUUUUUCUGCACUCACCUAGGCUUUAUUAAUUAAUCAUAUGGAUCAAAACCUAAAUCAAGGAUUGGGGCCCAGAUGUUCUUGAAAUCUUUAGACAGGGCUGGAAUAUUAUUGUGGUUGACUGUACCUACACCCAAGUUAACCGGAACAAAUAUCUGGACCCUACCUUGUACAGUCUGAGGUUGAAGCCUAUUUGUAGUCUGGCUAAAGAAAGUUGAACCCACGAGUUAACACUAUCGCUGCGGUAAUUACUCAUUAGGUAAUUCACCAGUAACUGGCCUCCUUUGACUAAAAAUGAAUUCUGUUCACAUAGGUAGUGUUUAUUAUAUGUCAUUAUUUAUCGUAUAAGGUGGCCAGUAAUUGAAACCUUACAUUAAAAUGAAUUCUGUUUAUAGGUGAAUACAAUUCAUUUUUAGUUUAGGGUGGCCAGUUACUGGCGAAUUACCCUACUUUAACUUAGUUACGAGUUAAAUAAGUGUUCUGACCCUAUGUCGCAUCGAUCUUGUUAAAUUAUGCGGUAGUACGAGUUGGCAGUAAACGAGUAGAUAUAUAUAUACCUACUCAUGAUGUAGUCGUAGGUAAAGUGGUGCUGCCUGUGUUAUUCAUGAGUACAGGGCUAUAACCGCGAAAAUCGAAGUUCGCAAAUUGCGGGGAUUUUUCUCUGUCACUCUAAUUACGCCUUCAUUGGAGUAAUAGAGAAAGAUCCCCGCAAUUUGCGAAUUUCGGUUUUCGCGGUAGCCGCUCUGAGCGGCUUCGUACAGUCGAAAGUUUUAAUUUAUAACCCAUUUCGUACCUUGUCACGGUGACAAUCAAUAUGACAGUCGCUAGAGACCUCAUAUUAUUUUCACCGAGGUACAAAAUGGGUCAUAAAUUAAAACUUUCGACUGUACUAAGGGCCACCCCCCUACCACCACACCAGGGCACCACACUAGCGCCUUUUGAGCGCCGGCGUUUAGUGAGCGCUAUGGAAAAUGAUGUCGCUGCGCAGUUGCGUAUACGUUGCGUCGACCAGCAGCCAUAUAGUUGGCUACGUCGAGGCUCGGGAGACGUUAGUGUGGGGUGGCUCUUAGUCUGACUCGAUCGUUAACAGAUAUGUUUGGUCCAAUAUAAAGGAACUCAAUGUAGAAAUGUAUUAAAAAAAUAUAUACGAAAGCUACGGUUCCGUAAUUGUAGGUAUGAUUAUAGAAAUUUUCAUAAUUCAUUGUCUAUGCGUUCUUCCGUCCGAUUUCCGCAUUCUCGUUAAUAUAAUAUUAAUUUAGUACCUAUACCUACUAUUGAUGAUUGGGAUAAGUUGCCGAGAAGACCCCAGACUUCCAGAAAAAUGCCGGAACUACGUUAGAUUUAGACCAAGCUAACACUGCAGCGAAUUUGAUAGCACAGAACGCGGAAGUGUUAUAAACGUUCAAUUUCUGUGAAAUUAUGCGGUUUAAAUAACACUUCCACAGUUUGUGCUAUCAAACACGGUUAGUGGAGUUAGAGUUAGUUGGACCGACUCUAGGAAGAUAAUGAUUUCAUGUUGAAACAUUUAAUAGGUAUAUACCUACAAGUACGGAACCCUCCCAUACAACCAUUUCCAGUCGCCGUUACGACGCGGUGUAGACACAUCUUGUGUCGACACCGUCUGUUUCGGUCACAAUUCCAGUCGCAGAGUCGUCGCCGUGUCGACACAGUUACCAGAAAUGGGGAAGGGUCGACACAUGACACAAAGUGACAUAAAGUGUGGUCGCCGUGUGCACACAUUGUUUCGGGUUUGCGACUACUUUAUGCCAAAAUCAUUCGUUCAUUCGUUCAUUUUGUUCCUGUCAAAUGGAAACUGUCAGAUGGAAAAAUGCUUAAAUAAAAAUAAGUGACAUUAAUACGCCAUCUCUAAAACGGAUUACAAGACGUAAUUAUAUAUUGUUUGCAUUUAUAUUACAAUAGGACUUAAAUUAUUAUGGGGAAUUAAACUGCUCGAGUGAUUUGAUAAACUAAGUGUAAUAUAAUCAACGCGCCACCACAUUGUUUUAGUUUAGCCGGAAAUGAAAUUGUUUACUUCUCAGUGCUUGUGUUCAUAAAUAUAUUAUUUGAUGCAUUUUUAGUACUUCGAUGCGUAUACUAUACUUAAAUAACAGAAAUAACGCUUUACAUACUACGAAACUUGUUAAUUAUGAUGUAUAAAUAUGGUUUAAGGCUGAGAAAUAUUGCAGUCACAAAGUAGUCGCAAAUGUUUCGACUUUGUGUCGACUCUGUGUAGACACAUGACACGCGCUGUCAAAAGUAAUAACAAAGUUACUGGAUUUGCAAAAUGGCUCCUUGUGUUCAUUUGUUUUCAGAUAUUCUCAAAGUGUAAAAAUGACGUGGUCAGAGAUGGGACUUAAUAGAUUAACUGUUUAUUCGACUAAUUAAUGGAAUGAAAAAAGUUAAUCCUCAAAUUUUAAUCACGAUUAGUUUAGUCGACCUGACAUAGAUUGAAAUUGAAUUAAUCUGAACAUUAAUCGAAUAAAUUAUCGAUUAAAUCUCGGUUGGAAGUUGACAGGGGGCCAUUUUUGUACGUAAAAAUAAUAGAAAUGUCUUGCAUGCAGAUGGUAGCCAAACACUUUGUCAUAAAAGUCGAGAUGGGUGUCGAUUUAUAGGUUUUAGGGAGUGCCGAUUUCGAAAAUGAUGACCAUUUUGGAAUCCAAAAUGGCGGCCAUGCACUGUGUCAUAAAAGUCGUCAUGGAUGUCGUUUUAUACGUUUUAGGGGGCCCCAAUUUUGAAAAUGAUGACCAUUUUGGAAUCCAAA